GCCUGGGGGCGGGGCCCGCGGGGCCGCCCCGCCCCUGCUCUCGCGAGAUGGGCGGCGCGCGGCGCGACAUCCGGGAGCGGCGCGGCAAGAUGGCGGUGGAGUCGCGGGUGACGCAGGAGGAGAUCAAGAAGGAGCCGGAGAAGCCGAUCGACCGCGAGAAGACGUGCCCGCUGCUGCUUCGCGUCUUCACCACCAACAAUGGGCGGCACCACCGCAUGGACGAGUUCUCCCGCGGCAACGUGCCCUCCAGCGAGCUGCAGAUCUACACCUGGAUGGAUGCAACUCUGAAAGAGCUGACCAGCUUAGUGAAAGAAGUUUACCCAGAGGCACGGAAGAAGGGCACACAUUUCAACUUUGCCAUUGUUUUUACAGAUCUCAAGAGGCCUGGCUAUAGGGUGAAGGAGAUCGGCAGCACCAUGUCAGGCAGGAAGGGCACAGAUGAUUCCAUGACACUGCAGUCUCAGAAAUUCCAGAUAGGAGACUACUUGGAUAUAGCAAUUACUCCUCCGAAUCGUGCACCACCCCCAUCAAGCCGCAUGAGACCUUACUGAAAUCUUGCUUCUCUUUGUACAAUUAUGUAUUCUGUUUACUCCUACUUGCUGUUCUAAAGCAGGCUUAUUUUUUUGCUUUUGUUGCUAAGCACCUGAAGACGAAGCUGAGCAUUGUAGAAGAAAGUUAACUCUUAAACAUUAACUUUUAGUUAGUUUAGAAGAAAGCCCUUCAGCAGCACCCAUUGUCCUAUCCCUGUUUGUUAUAGUUUGAAUAGUAAGUUAGUGUGUCCCGUGUUCUAAAGACUUCCAUGAAAUAUGACCAGGAGGAUUACAGGUGUUCUGUAGUUCUGUCUUGUUUGGAAUAAAAAUUGAUGUUAUUAAUCUCUUGA